CACUCUGUAUCUUGCAGAUGUUGCUAUGAAGAGAGGUCAGAAAUGACUGAUGUGGAGCCUGGGGUCACAGAUUUUGCAACAUCAGGAAGAUCAGGUCGCCGCAAUGCCUUACCAGACAUCUUGGGUUCUCCAGCAGGGGCAGAAGCCUCUGAUCUACCACAGAAACUAGCAGAGCUCUCUGUAUCUCAAGAUGAUGGUGCAGGAGGAGGAGGAGGAGGAGGAGAACCUUCAGGAGAAACUCCAGCUGAAACUCCAGAAGAAAAAUCGGAUACCUGAACAUGAUCCUGAAUGGGAAAUUUUCAUGCUAAGAGAAGCAGCACUCAUCUGCUCUAACUAGCAGCCUGUGCGCAGACUAUGCAACAUAUUCACGUGGGAAUAAUGUCUCUCUUGGUACUCGGCUCUCUCGCUGAAAUAUAGAUAUAUAUUUUCUGCUCUAGAUGGAUAUAGUCUAGGCCUGAAACACAUUUUAGGAAAGAGCUAUAUGACAAAGAAUGUUAAGUGGAUUAUAUUUUAUGAAGCAAGUUUAUUGGAAUCUCUAAUCUUAACAACAAUGACUGAAGGACAGAACAUAUCCAAUAUGUAUUGAUGAUUUAGGAGAAUGGAACAGUAAAGAUUUGUUUUGAGGAUAGCUAAUCAGGUGUUUCCUGACUUACAUCACCAUGUUUCACACCUAUGAUUUCACUUGUUAUAAAUCGUUGAAAGAAUUAGGUCACCCUAUGAUAUUGUUUCAGCUAAUUUGUCUCUGCACAAGAGGGGGAAAAAAAUAAUCAAGGCAACCAUCGUCUCAGUGCCUUAAUGUCAUGAGUUUUCUAUGUGACAAUUCUAUAACCUAAAAACUGCCCCCAAAAAAACAAAAGGGUCACAUGAAAAAUUGGCAGAAUCAGUAGCUUGCAACUAAGAGCUGCAUUUCUGUGUGUCAUCUUGUCCAACAAUGUAGCAAUGUUUGUGACUUCAAUUGUUUAAUAUGAAAAUAAAAGCGAUAUUGGCAUUGCUAUGGAUAAAUUGUGAUUCUGAAAGUGUCUUUCUUGGGGAUGAAAGAUGAACUAUGAUUAUAUUCUCUUUUAUUAUGGACGUGUUUGCCUAACAAGAUUACAGCUAUAAAUAAAACAUUGAUUUAUAAGCCAGAUGAA